AUGUGGACUGUCCCUUCCUGUUUUAGUGCCGAGAGAGCCACCGUACCGACUCACACUGGAGCAGGAACACAGGCACUCAUAACGCGAUUAUGUCUGGAUUUUCGCUGUGUUUGUCAAAGACACGGAGCUUUAUUUUCCAUCGUGGGCCGUACAGGUUUAUGUAUUAGGGAAUGCUGUUAUGUUAUUCCACGGGUAGCUGGUAACAUAGCAGGCCUGUUUAUUGCGCUGCCAACCCUUGUUCCUUUCCUGUGUCAAUGAUUGUCCUCCCCUCACUCUCAUGGCGGAGACUAAAAUAAUAUAUCAUAUAGACGAGGAGGAGACUCCUUAUCUGGUCAAGCUGUCCGUUUCUCCAGAGAAAGUCACCUUAGCGGAUUUUAAAAAUGUCCUCAACAACCGACCGGUCAAUAGCUACAAAUUCUUCUUCAAAUCGAUGGACCAGGAUUUUGGGGUUGUCAAAGAAGAGAUUUCCGAUGACAACGCCAAGCUGCCCUGCUUCAACGGGAGAGUAGUGUCCUGGUUGGUCCUGGCAGAGAGUGCCCAUUCUGACGGAGGGUCUCAGUGCACAGAGAGCCAUCCAGAGCUGCCCCCUCCUCUUGAGAGAACAGGGGGCAUCGGAGACUCACGGCCCCCCUCUUUCCAUGCCAAUGCAGUGAGCAGUCGAGAUGGCCUGGACACCGAGACGGGCACAGAGUCUCUCCUGAGCCACCGCAGAGAGCGAGAGAGAGAGCGAGCGCGGAGGAGAGCCCGAGAAACUGAGCUCCCUCGCAUCAACGGUCACUCUAAAUCAGAGCGCACUGCGAGAGACUCAGCCAUGGGUUAUGACAGCGCCUCGGUAAUGAGCAGUGAGCUGGAGUCCAGCUCAUUUGUUGACAGUGAAGAAGAUGAGGAUGCUAGCAGGCUCAGUAGCUCCACAGAACAGAGCUCUUCUUCACAGCUGAUGCGCAGACACAAGCGCCGUCGGCGGAGGCACAAAGUGGCCAAGAUAGACCGGUCCUCGUCCUUCAGCAGUAUCACAGACUCCACUAUGAGCCUCAACAUCAUCACCGUCACACUCAACAUGGAGAAGUACAACUUUUUGGGUAUCAGUAUUGUUGGUCAGAGUAACGACCGAGGAGAUGGUGGCAUCUACAUCGGUUCUAUCAUGAAGGGAGGAGCCGUAGCUGCUGAUGGCAGGAUAGAACCUGGAGACAUGCUCCUCCAGGUGAAUGACGUUAACUUUGAGAACAUGAGCAAUGACGACGCUGUAAGGAUUCUCAGAGAGAUUGUUUCCAAAACUGGUCCUAUUAGUCUUACUGUUGCCAAAUGUUGGGACCCUUCUCCACGAAGCUACUUCACCAUCCCUCGUGGUAAGACAAACACUGGUGCUAUUUUGCAGUCACAUGGAUACAUAUCUGAACCCGUGAGACCAAUUGAUCCCGCAGCCUGGAUUUCACACACCACUGCCCUGACAGGACCUUACCCACACUACGAGUUUGAUGACUUGCCUCUGUCUGCAAGUAAAACAGACAUGGCAACCAUCGUCAAGGUGAUGCAGUUGCCUGACUCUGGCCUAGAGAUCCGAGACAGGAUGUGGUUGAAGAUCACCAUUGCCAAUGCUGUCAUUGGUGCUGACGUGGUAGACUGGCUUUACUCCAGAGUAGAAGGAUUCAAGGACCGGCGGGAUGCGAGGAAGUAUGCGAGCAGUCUGCUGAAACACGGCUACUUGAGACACACCGUCAACAAGAUCACCUUCUCCGAACAGUGCUAUUAUACCUUUGGGGACCUCUGCCAAAACAUGGCAUCGCUCAAUUUAAAUGAGGGAUCCAGUGGCGGAGGCUCUGAGCAGGACACUUUGGCACCGCUCCCUCCCACCAGCAACCCCUGGCCCCUGGGCGGGCAGCCAUUCCCCUACCCUCCCUUUCCCUCUGCACCCCCCAGCUUCCCGCCAGGAUACUCAGACCCAUGCCACAGUUUCCACAGCGGGAGCGCAGGCAGCCAACACAGUGAGGGAAGCCGAAGCAGUGGAUCCAACCCCAGCGCAGGCAAAGGUAGACGCUCCUCCCCACAGGAGAAGGGUCAAAGGUCAACAUGCAGCGAAUCAGAGCCAGGCAUCCGUGGAGGGAGGCGCGGUGAUAGGUCCACCAGCCAAAUGAGCCAUCAUAGCCACGCCGUCUCCAGUCACAGUCACGCCCGAUCAAGUCUCAGUCACAGUCAGUCACACAGGAGCCACUCUGUUUCACAGAACAGCCACCCCUCCUUCACCUACAGCCACGCCCCGUUCACCCAGCCAGGGCCAGGCUCCUGUGCCCAGAGUGAGCGAAGCCAUGCCUCCUCCUACGGCCCCCCAGGCUUGCCUCCUCCUUAUUGUCUGGCCCGCCUGGCCCCCAAGACCUCAGUCAGCAGCAGCACGCCCCCUGGAGCCCCUCCUGGGAGAGAGUUAGCAGCCGUUCCUCCUGAGCUCACCGCCAGUCGCCAGUCCUUCCAGCAUGCUAUGGGCAAUCCCUGUGAGUUCUUUGUUGACAUCAUGUGACAGGACAGUGCCUUUAAAACUCACGAGCACAAAACAAUUCUCCCUGAACCCACCCAACUCCUUCUCUCGUUCCUCUCAAUCUUUUGCCUCUAACUUCUCUCAAGUUCAGAAUGUAGACACUGACCGGUCCUCUACCUACGCCCCCUGCUAUCUGUCUAUCCCUCUGAUGUCCACUCAAAGGACUACAGGCAGCAAGAGCACAACAGGAGGGAGUCCUCACACUCAUCAAACACGGGUCCGCUGUGGCUGAAAACCCUCUUUUGUAUUGACGUGACGUGUACAGUUUGUGAAACGUGAGUGGUAUUAAAUGUGGUGAUUCUUUAAAGCUGCCACGCAGACAUUCUCGGGAGUGUGUACUCUACAUAGGAUCAUUUCUGUUCUGCAAGACCUUUAAACUGGCUGGGCCUGGAUCUCAAUCCCCCAGACCCAGACAGACACCUACAGCCCGCAUUUAGGAACUUUUUACUUGGACUGGAUCUCUUCACUCAUAUCUGUGCGUACUGAUAAAAUUUAGCUCAUUACACCAAACAUCUGGCCCCAUUUCCUUUAUGCUGUGGCGUUGCCACCAGCUUAUUUAAGCUCUUACCUGCCAACUGCUAAACAUGAACAACCCUGAUCAGUUUACUAACUGCGGAUUUCUUCAACUUCAUAAGGGAGGCCCUGUAGCCAGCCAACAGUUUAACUAGGCUGCAUAUUGCAUGACUGUCUCAACUGCUUUAAAGAAAAGAAAAUUUUAUUAAUACAUUUUGUUUAAAGUAUUACCAUUGUUGGUGGGAGGGGUUACCUCUUGCCAAUGUUCUAAAGGAAGAAUCCGUACACUGGAUGAUUUUUGUGAUGUUAUUUAUGUGAUCACGUUGCAUUAAUGGUGUCAUACUUUGUCUACUUCGGCUGCCUGACAGACAAUCAGACAUCACCCUUUGUGAAUCAGUGGCCAGUUUCCACUGUCCUAGCUGUGCUUUGUCGAAUGUAUCAUUACUCCUGUCAGUGACUAAACCCUGACACUCAUAACACUUUGGUUUAAACACUCUUAAGUGAGCAAGUCAACUUUCAAACAGGAUUGCAAACAGUGGACAUCCACCACAGCAGUGAAGGCAAACUGAAAGGGUUGCCAUGAGAUAAGCCAGUUUGCGAAGAGCAUCACUGUUGUCUCUUUCGUAGUGAAUGUGAGCUUCGAUAAAAGUCAGUGCGAUAAAAGCCAAAGCCUCACAUUGUGGUGGAUAUUUAGAAGCUGUCUGAUAUAAAUCUCUUCAUGAUUAUCAUCAGAUACUUCUCAUUUUACAGCUUAAAAGUGACUUCAAGGGGAAUCCUGACCUUCAGAUUCUGAUACCCUUGCAAAACAAUGGCAAACCCCUGUUGUAUCUACCUAAACUAUAGUUACAAGAGGGAAAUAACACAAACACUAGUUUUAUGAGCACUUUUCCAUUUUGUCUCUCCCUCCCUUUAGUAUGAAACACUGUUUGCAAUCAAAGCUUUCUCUUUAAUUUUUGUUUCUUUACAAAAGAAGAAUAAAUUGUACAUAGAAAUUUAUUAUAUAUAUGAAUAAAAAUAUAUAUGUUCAAA